AUGCAUGGAGUAGCUGGACACGUGAUCGAACUGCUGAGGAACCUCAUGAAAACCUGGAGGACUUUCCUGAACGUUAACGUGGGAGGAAGCGUGACAGAAUCGCCAAUAAUAAAGAUCAGGAGGGGCAUUUUUCAGGGUGACACGCUGAGCUCUAUCUGGUUCUGUUUGGCGCUCAAUCCCCUUAGCAUUAUUCUGAAGAACACGAAGUAUGGAUACGUUGUCAAUAAGAACAGACACAUUGCUAUCUCACAUCGCAUGUUCAUGGAUGACCUGAAACUUCAUGGAGCCAAUCCAGAACAACUGAGAAGAAUGCUGAAAGUGGUCGCAGCUUUUAGCGAAUUAGUGGGGAUGGAGAUGGGGGUCGAUAAGUGUGCAGUUCUGGAUGUUCGGAGAGGAAAGAUUGGUGACACUAUGGAGGGGGCAACACUUACCAACAGUGUCACAAUACCGACUCUGAGCAAAGAAGUCCCUUACAAAUACCUGGGAAUCAACCAGGCCUUGGAAAUAAAAACUCUUGAAAUGAAACAAUCCUUCAGAGAGAAGCUCCUUUCCAGAAUUGCAAUGCUUCUCAAGGCAAAACUCAACUCAAAGUCCAUAUUCGCGGCCAUCAACAUCUGGGCCAUCCCAAGCAUGACCUAUUCAUUUGGUGUACUCAAUUGGUCAACAACUGAGCUCCGAGCACUGGAUCGGGAUGUCAGAUCAAUGCUGACUAAAUAUGGAGUUCACCACCCCCACUCCUCAGCUAUCAGGCUGUACCUCCCACGACACCAAGGAGGGAGAGGACUGAUGAGCUUGGAGGAAGCUCACGCAAAAAAUGUCAGUGACCUGAGACAACACUUUCUUAAGAACAACUUACCUCUCUUCAAAGCAAUAUGUGAAGCUGAUGAUAGAGUGUCUGCUCUGAGGCUUGCUGAACCGGGAUACCAACUUCCCCAACCCUCUGCAGAGGAACGCAUCCAGGAGUGGAACGGCAAGGCCUUACACGGCAGAUAUCCAACCCACCUGCAAAGUAAGGAUGUAGAAAGAUCCGAAUCGCUUACUUACCUGCGUGCGGGAUAUUUUUUUCCGGAAACAGAGGGACGACUUCAGGCGAUACAAGACCAGGUGAUGCCUACCAGAAUGUACAUGAAACACAUCGCCAAACAAGCUAUUCCAUCAGAUAGGUGUCGGAAGUGUGCCCAGGGUGCGGAGUCUUUUCAACACGUAACCUCCUCUUGCCCUAUUCUCGCCCCAAGGGCAUAUCCUGACAGGCAUAAUGCCAUGGGGAAGAUAUACAACCAGCAAAUAGCCCUGAAACUAGGAUUACUUCAGGAUGAGGUCGAAAAAUAUGUCUACUUACCAAAAACCCUCCUGGAGAAUCAGCGCUAUAAAAUGUAUUGGGACGCCACGCUUGUGACCGACAGAGGAGUGGCACAUAACAGACCGGAUGUCGCCAUCUUCGACAGGGAAAAGGAAACAUGUUUGCUGCUGGAUUUUACUGUGCCAGCGGAUGACAACUUGGCAAAAGCGUACUCGGAGAAAAUCAGCAAAUACUCUGAACUGGCCUUCCAACUCUGUGAAAUACACAAAUUGAAAUCUGUAAGUGUACUACCGCUGAUUAUCUCGGUGAAUGGGCUGAUAGAGAGGCACUUACCUGAGAACACUCGGAGACUCUGCCUAGAUCAGCAUGUGAUAUCUAGCGCACAGAAACAAAUCAUCAUGAGCACAACGAGAAUUGUCAGGAAAUUUCUUCAAGGCCCAUAG